AUGCUGCCGUACCUGUUCCCUGACCUUGCCGCCUUUGCCACAGUCGCUGACCUCAUUACUCACCUCCGCACUAGUGACGCGCGCUACCGCUCUGCGCUUCCCACUGAGAUCUGUGCCAAGAACCCUCCCCCCAUGUACAUCACCCUUUACUACCUAGUCACCCGCCUCCCUGACUCCCUUGCUUCAGUCAGGGACCAAUUUCUCUCCCUUUGCCCCACCGAGCUCACCGUCCACCUGCUAGAGGAGCGCCUCACUGCAGCUGAGAAGAGUAUCGUUGCUGUAGGUGCUUCUCGCGGCGACCCUCGCGCCCCUUUCUUUGAGGGGAGGUCGGGGCUGCGUCUGCUCCUAGUGGGAGGCGUGGCAACAGCAAGGGCAAGGGGGGCAAGGGUGGUUGAGGGGACGGUGGGGGCGGCGGUGGAGGCGGUGGAGGAGGCGGAGGGGGUGGCGGUGGAGGUGGGGGUGGUGGCGGGAGUGGGGGCUUCAGUGGCGGCGGUGGGGGUGGUGGAGGCAGCGGCAGCGGCAGUGGAGGCAGCGGCAGCGGUGGUGGAGGUGGCGGCGGCGGUGGUGCUGGUCGAGGUGGAGCCGCGCAGCGUGGAGGCUUUGGUGGUAGCCAGCGCCAGCAGCAGCCGCGUUCCCGUGAGACCCCGUCGGCCCAGCAGCUUCGUGAGUGGUACGCUUGGCGUGGGAGGUCGGGGGGUGUUGGUCCCUGCACUUACGUUCUUCGCACCGCCGGGCGCCGCGGGGAGACGUGCGGGCUGCCACACACUGCGCAGCGCUGCUUCGGUCGCCUGA